AUGCGAGGAAAGGGCCAAGGUAAAGGGGAAGCAAUGUCAAAAGGAAGUAUAAUAGUAAAUAUGGAUGAUGAUAGUCAAUUGAAGAAUGGAGAUGCUAUCAAUGAAAUUAAUAUAAGAAAAAUGACAACUAAUUCAAUCUACGAUGUUUCACUUAGCACGGCAACUAAUACCAACCAACAAUAUGCAAAUCAAUAUCCUAACACUCAAGUGUCGUCUAAUGGAAUGUUUAACAAAAAAGAUGAAGGUGGAGGUGGUGGAGGAGGGGGAGGCGGAUUUGAAGGUGGAGGCGGAGGAGGAGGAGGAGGUGGUGGUGGUGGUGCUGGAGGAGGAGGCGGUGGUGUUGGAAAAUAA